AUGACCGAAAAAGGCUCAUGUACUGAUAUAACAUGUGAUGACGAAAUUAAAGAAUUAUAUCAUUGUCAUUGUUGUUUACGUCUUGUUUGUUUAACUCAUUUGAUUAGACAUGUUGAAAUAACAAAACAAAACAAACAACGAUUAGAUAGUCUUCGUAAUGAAUUAAAUACAGUUAUAAAUACACUUAAAUUAAUUGUUGAAGAAAAACUAAUUACUAUUAAACGUGAACAAAACUUGAUUGAACAAGCAAAUAAAUUUCUUGAUGCACCCAAUAGUUCAAUUGAUGAACUACAAAAUAUUUUCGAACAAAUUAAUCAAACAAUAGUAUCAAAUCGUUCAGAAGAAAUGAUAUUGAAAGUCGAACCUUCAUUAUCAGAAACUAAAUAUUGUUCUUGUGUUUACAAAUGUAAUAUGGAACACAUGAAUUCAAAUGCAGAAGAAUUGGAAAUCUCCAAAGAUAAUAGAUGUUCAACGUAUAUCAAUCAUGAUUUUAUGGAUACGAAUUCAUCUGAUGAAACAACAAAAUCUGUUAAGGAUCAACAUGUAAAUGAAGAACAAAAGAAACUUGAACGAACAUUAUGGAGAAAGAUUUUUGACGAGUGUCCAUUAACAUUUGAUGGAGCAUAUGGUCUUACUCAAGCAAAUCAUUCUAUUGAAUUCUGUGAUUAUGAAAAAAAUUAUCGAAUCGGAUUAUAUCAACAUUUCAUUAAUAAGCAUAAAUUAAAAGAAGUUUAUGCUCAACGUUUGAUACGAGCUGUUGCCGAUAAUCAAGAUCCUAGGAUAACAAAAUUAUUUAAUGAAAGUGAAGAUGUAAUUGAUCAUUUUUAUAAAGUUUUAUGUCCUUUUUUUAAAGGACGAAUUAAUUCACCAGAAUACCGUCAAAAAAAUAUAGCAAAUAUACCAUGUUCACGUCGUAUAAUUCUAUUUAAUGCAUUAAAUCAUCAUUUACGAUUUCAUCAUAAGAUUUCUAAGACGUUGGCAAAAAAAUUAGUUGAUCAUUUCAAAGAAAUUCGAGCAAAAAAUGAUAUUGCUUCGACUCCAAUAAUUCCAUCAACAUGA